UUUUCCCUCAGCCGGGUGCUUAUUACAGCAUUGCUAAAAUCCUAAGCUGCAUAAUGUUAAGAAAAUUAACUAAACUAUCAACUUUAAAGGUGAGAUGUGAGUUGCGUCCUCUCUCCUCGCUCGCCCAAUCCCCACAAAAUAUAUUUGAUCGCAAUGCCAAAAGAUUGCAAAAGGAAAGAGCUGCCCUCAGCGAAAAUGUAGGCCUGUACGAUUAUCUCAAGGAGGAGGUUGGUUUCCGGCUGGCGGACCGCGUGUUUGACAUCAAGCGGGAAUUCAAGGCGGCGGCGGACAUAGGAUGCAGUCGUGGCUACCUGUCUAAGCACAUUCUCGCGGAAAGCGUCGAGCAUCUGACGCUGACGGACACCAGUGCCGCCAUGCUGGAGCAGGCGCAGGGCACUCCAGGGCUCAAAAUGUCGAAGCUAGUCAAGGAUGAGGAGGAACUGGAUUUUGAGGAAAACUCACUGGAUCUUGUCAUCUCCAGCCUGAGUCUGCACUGGGUGAACGACCUGCCCGGCUGCUUUGCCAAAAUCAAGCGAAGUCUUAAACCUGAUGGGGUGUUCAUAGCAUCCAUGUUUGGAGGAGACACCUUGUACGAGCUGCGUUCAUCUCUGCAAUUGGCGGAGCUGGAGCGCAAGGGUGGAAUAUCUCCGCACAUCUCACCGUUUACCCAAAUCCGGGAUAUUGGAUCCCUGCUGAAUCGCGCCGGCUUCACCAUGCUAACCAUAGAUACGGACGAACUGGUCAUAGGUUAUCCCAGCAUGUUCGAGCUAAUGUGGGAUCUCAAGGGAAUGGCCGAGAACAAUGCGGCCUUCAAUCGGCCAGCACAUCUUAGUCGGGAGACGAUGUUGGCGGCCAGUGCCAUAUACCAGGAGCUGUAUGCCAAACCCAACGAGAAGGGCAUACCGGCAACCUUUCAAAUCAUUUACUUUGUGGGUUGGAAGCCUGGUCCCAAUCAACCACAACCCCUAGAACGGGGAACGGGCGAGGUGUCCCUCAAGGAUCUGGGAUCCAUAAUCGAGAAGGGCGGCAAAUUGGACACCAAGGCGGGGGAUUAGCUUAGCUUCAGUUGACAGUUUUAUUUUGAAACGCUCUUGAACAUAAUUUAAACUUAAAUAAACAUAAUUCCGUUUGCUGAGAAACUUAAA